GUACUCUUUGAUUCUGAAACUGUGCGGUGGUUGAACCAUGUGGUUGAAAAGAUUUGGCCUGUUUGUAUGGAGCCCAUUGUUUCACAGAAAAUUCUCCUCCCUAUCAUACCUUGGUUCUUGGAGAAGUACAAACCAUGGACUGUGAAAGACACUGUGGUUCAGCAUCUGUAUAUGGGACGAUCACCUCCUGUGUUCACAGAAAUGAGGGUUCUUCAUCAAACCACUGAUGAUGACCACUUGGUUUUGGAGUUGGGAAUGAAUUUUCGGACUGCAGAUGAUAUGAGUGCAAUACUUGCUGUGAAAUUAAGUAAGAGAUUGGGUUUUGGAAUGCGGGAAAAGUUGCAUUUGAUGGGCAUGCAUGUUGAAGGGAAGAUGGCAGCAUUUAACAUUCAGGAGGCACUUAUCUGGAAAGAGAAAAUUGAACUUGUCAUUGAUCAGGUUAUGCAUCUUGGUGCAGAGAAAGAAAUGAUGUCUCAGUGUGUUGCCUUGCUUGAGAAAUUCAUUGCUGUUCGUGAGCCAAAUAUUCGAUAUCUUGGUUUGGAGACCCGGAUGUUGAUGGUCUCAGAUGUUCAGGACAUUAUUAAAAGGCAUCAAUCACAGAUCAUCACCUCUUUGAAGGAUCCAGAUAUCAGUAUUCGGAGGCGUGCUCUUGCUCUGCUCCAUGGCAUGUGUGAUGUUUCAAAUGCAAAGGACAUAGUUGAAGAAUUAUUGCAGGUACCAUAUUGCUGUUCACAAGCAGUUAACUGUCUUCUUUUGCAAUUUUGCAUCAGGGGUCACAAGUUCCCAAUGGUAACAAAUAUGUAUCUUUUGAAUACAAAUCUGGAAUUGACAAUGGGAGGAAAUCUUCUACAUCAGAUCGCGAAAAUGGCAGCAUUUAACAUUCAGGAGGCACUUAUCUGGAAAGAGAAAAUUGAACUUGUCAUUGAUCAGCAUCAGGGGUCACAAGUUCCCAAUGGUAACAAAUAUGUAUCUUUUGAAUACAAAUCUGGAAUUGACAAUGGGAGGAAAUCUUCUACAUCAGAUCGCGAAAGUCAGUAA